UGGGUACAUGCAUGAGUCUGCCCACAUUUGGAGCCUGGAACGUCGUCUACUGGCUGGCUCUGGGCUCGCACUUUCUGAAGGAGCGGACUGCAGACGACAUGUGCGACAUCGCCUCUUGGAGAAUCAUCCUCCAGGUUGAGGCCCCCCUCGCGGCGGCGCUGCUGCUCAUCAGCCGCUCGGUCCGCGGCGUCAUGGAGGGAGAGGCGCAGCAGCAGGUGGAGGCGUGCUCCUCGCGCAGCGGGCUGGGCGCCGCGAAGUCAUUGCUGGGCACCCUCUGCGACGCGGUGGUGGAGCUGGACGGGAGCUUGAAACUGCAAGGGCAUUCGCCGAGCCUCUCCACGCUGCUCCUGCACGGCUCCGGCCACGGCCUUGGCGGCGCACAAUUUGACCAGUUUAUGUAUACGGACGAGGACAAGGCUCGCUUGUACAGCUGCGUGAGGAACACCCUGCACGAGACCGACGCGAUCGCCGACGCGGUUCACGUGAAGAUGCGCGAUUGCCUCGGGAACGCUAUCGACAUGGAGCUCUUCCACGUCUGCUUCUGGGACAGUCUGAGGGAGGUGCCUCAGCACCUCGUGGGCCUCAGAGAGCACAGCGACUUGCUUGCCACCCCGCAGAGGCUGCCAGAGCACCCGAUGCAGGUCGACCCCAUCUCUAGCCAAGAGACUCAGGCGAUCCAGCCCGAGCUUGCGGUCGUCUUCAAUGCGCUGACGUUCAAGAUCCUCCAGUGCUCUUGGGCGUUCGUGGCUCGCUUCGGGGAGUACCCUGCCAGCACAUCCCUCACUGACUGGCUGCCCCCAAGCGACCCUCACCUCGGGGUCUUCUGCGAAAACGUCAACAAUUUCGCCAACUCGGACGAGGAAGCGUCAUUCUUCGAGCUUGGCCCGCUGAACUUGCGGCUUCCAGGUGCCGACCAGGCUGGCACUCACGCCUCCUUCACGCUAUCGCGGCCCCGUUGCGGGGACGAGGCCGAGCCGCAGAUUGUUGCGUGCAUGGUGCUAGCCACGGGCCAAGGCGGGCCUCAUUCCCGAAGCUACGGGCCUUCCUGCGGCUCCAGAUACACAGCUCCAGACGCAGCAAAUCCAGGCGCAGCAGUUCCCGGUACAGCGCACACCGCGAGGGGGCUGCCGCUCGGGGCACGGCGGCGGACGCGGGGCCCAAGCGCCAGCUGGGCGGCCCAGGGCCGCACGAGAGCGGCUGCGGUGGGCGCCGCGCCGACGGCUCCACGGCGGCCGUCGCCCAGCCGUGAGGGCAGGCUCCUGUCGGGGUGGCGUGCCCGUCGGUCGCUGGAAGCAGGUUGUUUCUGGAUCCCCAGAUCCCAAUCCACUGAAAGCGCCUUACUGAGUCAAGAGUCGAUGUGUUUUUGCUGUCUUUGGUUCUUAUCUGGUAGGGCCGAAUCCCAACCUACUCUAUCCGCCUUCCCAUUUUCAUGUUUGUACCUACUUCUUUCCGACGUGUAAGGCUCGAGCUCGCCGGAGCUCGGGUUUGCCGACGCUCUUUAGCGAGCUCGUCCUGUAUUUGGGGGGUCCAGUUCUCGUGGCACGUCUGCAGCGGGAAAAUACUGGCGCUUCGCCUCAGCAAGAGCAGGUGGGCCCAGCUGAGGGGCGCCGCGCGCACAAGCAGUCCUGCCGCGCACGCGACUGUUCUCGCAGUCAGCGACAUUAGAGAUUUGCCGUUUAAGCACUUCAUGUGCUGUUCUCUCUCUCCGUCCCUCCCUUCUCACCCGCCCUUUGCAUCGUGCGAGUGGUAUCAGUGUCCAUCUGGGUCUCGCAGGACAGUACGCCAUUCGUGCAAACAACUGUGAUUCACAUUGCGGGGACCGAAAUCAUCAUGGUCCACUAUGUGGUUGCUUCCUUGGCAUGCUGCCCGCAUAGAAGAAACACAUGAUGUUUCUACCAUGAUUUCCUUUGAGCGUAAAGUUUUCAAUUUAAUGUGGUUUGGGUAAGUGUGCUUGUACAGGUUGGACAGAUCCUGGGUACCAGUUGAGUGGUGGCAUGCCUUGACUGUAGCAGUCUUAUGACUUGCAGCAGACGCGUUCGGAUGCAAAACCCAGGGUGCUUUGACUACUGAGGGUGCUGCAUAUCCGUCUGCUCUAUUGCACGUCGAGCGUGCAUCGCCGUGUUCUUCAUAUCGUGCGAGUUUGCCACAAAUGAUUGUCCAAUCAGAUGAGGCCGUGGGCCACCACACCAGGAGGCCCGAUGCCACGGAAGGUACUGUGUGUUCAUGUUUUGCCGCGUCUUUCGAGAAAAAAUAACAACCCUGAUUCACAUUGCAAAUCUUCGUGCAUCCAGAGCUUCUAGCCGUGGCCGCG